UCCCGGUCGGCCCCAUCGGUCCCAUCUAUCCGCUUCGCCUCGACCCUCUCUCACCUCCGCGACCGUCGCUGUACCUUCACGUCGCACGCCGCACGCCGCCAAACCAUGGCGGACAUCGAAAAGUCAUUCAUCUACCUGCAAGACACCAUCCCAUCAUGGUUCAAAGAAAUUGCUAGUAUUGAGGAGAAGAUAAUCCGCAUGCAGGAGGAGAUUUCCCGGAUGCCAGCUCAACAUUCACGUCCAAUCAAGAAAAAGACGGGUUCUAUGGAGUCUAUACGGGACCUGGAUCCCAUCAAGGAGAGCCCGAACAAGCCCACCGCCGUCCCGGCCGCCCAGCUAUCAACAUGGAAGCGGAAACCCGCGUCACUCGCCUCGGGCACUUCAUCGCCCACCCGUUAUCGAUCAAGAGCCAUGAUGAUCAUCGUCCACUACGAUGGCCAAAUACAAAAGCAGUUUGAGACGCUCGUUCGGAGUAUUGGCACCGGUCGGAACCUGUUGCGAAAAGCUAAGAUGGCUGCCAGGGCCCAAGCUCUGGCCGCGCUCGCCAGCUCCGACGACGACGACGACGGGUCGGACGAGGAUCUCAUGGCCAAGAUCCAGUUACGCCGCCGGAAUGGUCUUCCGUCGAUGCGAACCCAGAGUGCCAUAUCCAACGGACGUGCUGCGACUUCUACCUCCACCACAACCCCAGAAUCAUUAUUCGACUCCACCGAUAAGCUGUUGGAACAGGCGCAAUCCCUGUGCGAAAGAGGGGCACAUCAAUCUUUACGAGAAGGUGACUGCCGCAAGGAGCUAGCAGGGAUGAGGAAGUCCUUCUUAGAGGUGCAGGAAACCGCUGCAAAAGAGGUUGCAAAGUAUAAUGCGCAGAAAGAGCAGGAAGCGGCACCGACUGCGAACCCGGAGCCCGAGACGGAGCUGGCUUCAUCUCUCCCGGUGCCUGACCGUGUUCUUCAACCCAAGCUCGCGUACCAAGACACCAAGCCGCUAGUACCUGCUGUAUGCUCCGUCCCGACGGCACAUAUACUACCGAAGGACACGGUCCUCGAGGUAGACGAUGACGAUGAGGACGAGAAGGACUUCGUCAUGCCGCCAAUACGAAUGAUGUCUCGAGUGUAAUGGCUGCAUCCCCCCUUGCAUUUUCUGCGUUCAAGCGAUUAGCAUUUCUCUCUCAUCACUUUUUGGGCCGGCGUCAUUGGGAAUAUCUACUGGAAUGGGCAACUCGAACUGGACGACCUUACGCUGUAUUU